CAGGAGGACACAACGACUUCUACUACCAACAUCUAUUACUAUUACUACUGCACAGCUGGGUUGACUACCGCACCAUUGCUUCUGCUCAUCUGGAAUCACAGCUAGGCUCCAAUUGGCCACCUCAACACCCCGCUGUCUGAGGAAACCCUAUCCUCCACUGCCCCACUCCAGCUUCUAUUUCUUUCCCUCCAUUUUUUUUUCUUCUCUUCUUCGAAACCCGCCCUCUCAUCCCAUUCGAGUUGGACUCACCCAGGACAAUGGCAGCAUCUAUACAGAGACUGAUCUUGUGCAAAAUGACCACUAUUACUCUUCUUCUCAUCGCUUUACUCUCAAAUGGAGCCAUUGCACAGGAAGCUGAAGUCGUGACAGGCUCAGCGGUCACUGUGGGUAUGGCUGAGGCAUUUGUUCGAGGAGAUAUGAUUCCCAAGACCACUGAAGACCCUAAUGCAGGAGAUUCACAGGAACAGGUACAAGUCUUCCCUUCCGUAGAGACUGAGACAGCAGCUGCUCCAGGUGAUGACAGUAGUCCAGCUGCUCCAGAAGAAGGCGGACAGAGGCCAGAAGAGGUUCAGACUGAGGGGCCUAAAGUUGAGACCCCUGCCCCGGCCAGAGGAGAUGGACCUGGUGAUAAGCCCAAGCCCGUUCCACAAGAUGAUGUCAUCUGCGUUAGUAAGGAAGCUGUUCAGGAUAAAAAUGCUGUCAGUCUCAAACUCAAGUCCGCCUCCAACUGUGAGGACACAAGAACAAAGAUUGCAAGUGUGCUUGAGGAGCUGUGUGGAGAGGACUGUAAACUGCAGCUGUACCAAGAGGACAACACAGACCAGAUCCUUGUGGCAGGAGACUAUGUGGAAGGUGAUGUUGGAGGCAUGGCUGACAAGUUCAACAAUGACAACAUUAAAGAUAAGACUGAUGUGGAGGAAGCAACUCCUCACUGGGGAAAGAACUCAAAGUUAGUCCUUGUCUCUAUACUGCUGGCUGGUCUGCUCCUGGCUGCUCUGCUGGUGGCUGGAUACUACCUCAAGACACACCGCAAAAACUCCAAAGGUGUUCGACUGGCUGAGUCCUUCCAGGUGGAUGAGGAGAACCAGGCCAACACCCUUGUAUCUGUGGCCCCUCUGCCUCAGGAGCCCUUGGACAAACCCACUGUGAACGGAGAGUCCCCACCUCCUGAAAACGGCACUAGUCAGGCCCCCACCACCAACGGACACUCAGCCAAUCAGACCCCAGACGCCGACACAGAGAUGUGAAAACCCACUUCUUGACACACCCUUAGCUCCUCCUACUCCCUCUUACCACACCCCCUCUGCUGCCUCAUGGACGGUCCACACACUGAGAGAAGACAUCUGCACCCAAACAUACCCCUCAAGCAAACUCGGGAACAACAAAAUAUCUGACAAUGCCAUUAAUGUGAAACAUGUGGGAACACUGACUCUAGGGGGCUCCAAACCUGUUUCUGGACUGAAAAGUUGACUGGGAUUUUGGUAGCCACCCUCGGUCUGGAAGUAUAGUCAAAUCAUUGUAGGAUUAUCAGAAUAUUGUCAUAUAAAUGAAGAAGAUCUCCGAAACUACAAUUAUUGCGAUUUUGUAUUGUUGUUGUUAAAGGGACUGACACUCACCACUUUUAUUUUUGUAUUUUUGAUUUUUGUAUGAGUGAGUGAUUAGGUUACUGUUUUUUUUUUUUUUUUUUGU